AUGGACGCCAUGUACUAUCCCCAGGACCACUACAAUAGCAACUAUGGCUAUGGUCCAUCCGGUUCAUACUCUGACCCAGCCUCAAGAGCCUACUCAACAGUCCCAUCCGCAAGCGCACCCGUCAAACUCACACCCAUCACUGGGAGACCGAGUCGGGCAAAGAAGGGAUAUCCCGUUCAUGUGCGACAUCAGUUGAGCCAUAACCCUCCUGAACUGGUUUGCAGCGUACCUGGUUGCGGAAAGACCUUUCACCGAAAGGACCUUCUUGAACGCCACCAACACAGACAUGAACAGGACUCUAGAAUGUCGCCCAUGAGUGGGCAGCACGGUCCGAUUCACAGCGAGUCCAUGCGAGAGCCACCAACAACUCUUCAUGAUGUCUAUCCCCCCAACAUACCAAUCAGUUCAGCGCCCUGGGAUGAGGGUGUCGGCUCUGGAAUACAGCAGCCUACCCCUCCAGGAUACAUUCACCAGUACAGCACCGGCGUGCCAGGUUAUGGACCAAGUCCUGAAUGGCCCGAGGGCCCAGGGAUGGACAGACUGUCGCCUCAAAUCCAAUUUACACCCGGGCCUGGGACCUGGAGCACCGAUCAGGCGGCCCCGAGAACAAUGAGUAACAUGAUAUACAACUAUCCCACCGCGCCGGGAACUGCGUGCGAGUAUACUGGGGAUCUGUGCGGGAUGCCCCUGACCGCAGACCCUGCACACUUCGGCGCGCACCACCACGCAAAUUCUACUGUGCGUAGUCUUCCCCCGUUGCUGGUUGAGGGACAAUCACCUGAGACUCUAGACAUAGCGCUCGCGGCGCUCUCGCCAUGCGCAGUAGCGACCACCCCUCUUUUCUCGACGUGCGGCAGCGAGUCGGGGCAGAGGACGGGCCUGUUCGCCGCCCACGUCUUCGCGCCCGUCUCGCUCAGCCGCGAGGUCCAGAGCGUCAUCCCGACGUAUCUGGAGGUGUACUGGGACAGGACGUACCCCGUCUACCCGUACAUUCACAAGGCCUCGUUCGACGGCCUGUUUGACGGCGAGGCUACGCCGUUUGAGCUUUUGAAAUGCGCCAUGGCGGCGCUGGCGACGCAAUUUCUUGACGACAGGGGACAUCGGAUUGCUGGGAGUGAGCUGCAUGCUUUUGCAUGCCAGGAAUUGAGGACUUUCACGGAAGGAAAACAUUGGUCAUUACCUAUUAUGCAGGCUGUGGUUUGUUGCGAAUACUAUGCACGGUUCAGGGGGCGGGACAAGCAGUCUUAUAAGCCGUCCUCGAACUACCGCAAAGUAUACGAAAUGCUUGUGGAAAAACAUCACACCUUUAGUCUACCGCUCCCGGUGCUCGGGAACAAACUAUUAUCAUGGAAGGACUGGGUUGAGACGGAAACCCGACGACGAUUGCUAGCCACUUGCUUCAUGCUCGACGUGCACACCUCUGCCUACUUCAAAGAGCCGCCGAUACUAGCCCUGGGCCCCGACCACCCCUCGCUGCCGAUGAACCAGGUGCCCUUCUCGACCGACACCAACCCGCUGUGGGAGUGCCCGGACUGGGAGUCGUGGAGCGGGCUGGUGGCCUCGGACCCGAGCCUGGGCAUCCCCCUCGGGCGCAGCCUGGCGGACGAGUUCACGCCGCAGGACGUGGCAUCCAUGUCCGGCUUUGACGCCACGAUCCUCAUGACAGGGUACGCAUCGCAGCUGGCGGGCUCAGGCGAGAUCAACGCGGGCGAGGCCUUCUCAUCCCCAUCGUCCCCGGCCUCCCGCCUCGCAAAGCUGUUCCCCGCGUCCGGCGUCGCCCAGGCCUACCUGGCCAUCCACUUCACGCCGCUCCAUGCCCUCCUCUCGGUAUCCGGCAACAGCUGGGUGCUGAACAGGAAGGUCCCCGGGCCGAACGAGUUCAGAGAGCACAAGCAGACGCUAGACAAGUGGUGCCAGUCCGAGAGCGCAGCCGUGGCCGUGUCGUGGGCCGCACGGGCCCUGCUGGUCUUCCUCCGCAUCAGAGCCAAGACUCGGAGGACCAGCGAGGCGGGAUCCUCGUCGUCGGAAGUGGACAGCAGUACACCGCCACGGGGCGGCAGGGCACGCUGGAGGGACGUCUCGGACUACUGGGGGGUGUACGUGUGUGCGCUCAUCUGCUGGGCGUUUGGGCGGGAGGUGGGUGAUCAGCACCGGGUGUACGAGGGGGAGGGCACAGCCGCUUUCAACGAGGCAUCGCGGAGUGAGGCGGCUCGGUGGAUACUGGAGGCAGCGCAGCGGCGGCCGGAGCAGUUGCUCAGGUGGCGGAAGAGGAGGUGUGUCCGUGGGGUGGUUUGCCUGGCUCGCGAUAUCCUGAGCCCGGACUGCCUCGCGGACCGAAGCAUGCUGUAUUCUGAUGCAGUGAGUGUGCUGAGGAGGCUUGGGGAGCCUUCAGCAUAG